AUGGCACCAACAUCGUCAUCAUCUACAAAUCAACAACUUAGAUAUAAACCACCAUUAACUCAAUUAGUCAAUUUACUCAAAACACAACAAUUUUACUGGUUUUUGGGUCAUGUAUUUGCUGUUUUAUUUUUCAUUUUAAAUACAUUAACAAGUUUUUUUAAUCCAAGAUCAUCAUUAGGAUAUUAUAAAUUUGCAUUAGCAUCUAUAAUAUUAACAUAUGGUAUAGUAAUUAAACAAGUUCAUUUUAAGACAAAUUUCACAAUUUCAAGAAGAUUGUUAAGAGAUGAAAAUGUUCAAUAUUUGCUCUUAGCUUCUAUUUUUUUAAUUGCUAGUUUUAAAAUUGGUCAAAUUCAUUCAUCAUUAUAUUCAUUUGAAAUCUUUGCUGUGUUUCAUAUUUUAACAUAUUUUCAAAAUCAAUUAUUAGGUGUAUUUAUUUCAAAUAUUCGAGCACAACAAAGAUUAAAUUCAAUAAUUAAUAAUUUUACAACUAAAUUUAAUCAACCAGCAUUAUUUGCGGCCUCAAAUUCUGAAAUUAUAUUGUUAUUAAUUUGUGGAUUUAAUUUAAUACCAAUGUUUUUGUUAUUGAUAUUUAGAAGAAAUUUCAUCGAUUUUGCAAUUCAUUUAUUCUUAUUUGGAUCAAUUGUUGUGUUUAAUAAGUUAAGAUUUGAUAGUAAUCAAUAUACUAAAGUGGUAGUAGAACAAAUGGAUGCAAAAGUAAAUCAAAUAUUAUUACAAUUGAAUAAUGCAAAUUUAUUAAACUUGUAUACAAAUGUUAAAAAUCAAGCAAUUGUAUAUUUAAAUAAGAUACAAAUUCCAAAAGAACAAAUAAAGAAAAACUAG